AUGGCGACUGCUGCGUGCAGUACGCAGAGUACACUAAACCCAUGCGCGGGCAAACUGCACAGAGAGCAUCCGCGGAGGACUAAAGACUCUCGGAGAAGACAGGCUGCGCUUUUAUUCCUCACUAAUAUAUCCCUGGACGGACGGCCUGUGCGGAACAAUGCGGGCCCGGGUGAUGCUGAACUCCGGUGCGCUGAAAUCGGCGCGGUUGCACGCGAACUGUCCGCUGCGGCGAGUAGCGACGGGACCUUUAACAACCUGUCAGUCCCUAGACUCGGGCUGCUCAACGUCCCACCCAUUCUGGUUUUGCCGUCGGACCCUGAGCUCUGUAAAUCCGCGAGCACCGAGUUGUUAUUGGACAGAGAGAGGGACUCGUCGUUCUCAUCGCAGGGUAAUCUGCUCACUCCCGGAGGUCUGCCGCACACUCCGCUCGGACCGCGGAAGUCACCGACGUUGCUGUCAGUGCAGAGCUGCGGCUCUUCGCUAGAGUCUCGUCCGCGGAGUCGUAAUCCAUCUGGUUCUCCCCGUCCACGCUCCAUGAAGAAAGUUCACUUUAUUAGGAACAUGAGGCAGUAUGACACCAGGGGAAGCAGGAUUGUGCUAAUCUGUGCCAAAAGGUCUUUGUGUGCUGCCUUCUCAGUGCUGCCGUAUGGAGAGAGUUUCUACAUCAGUGACCCUCGCUUGGAUGACCAGCGGCGGAGACACUCAUCCGGUGGGAUAUCCUCCACACUGGAGAUGUUUCCUGGCAUGGAGGGGGUGGAGCUUGGCAUGUACGGCAGGACGGUGUCAUAUGCUCAGUUCCUGUACCCUACAAAUGCUCUUGACCGCCACAAACCCUCGGUGCCCGUGGAUCUGGCGCUACCUAUGCCCUAUUCCAGAAACAGCAUCCCGCACAGUUAUCCACCCUCCCGCCUCAACAGUGCUGUGGGCCUUGACCUAGGUCUUGAAGACAGCGAUUAUGACCCUAACAUGCUCAGCGACCCCCAGUGGCCGUGUGGGAAACACAAAAGAGUUCUCAUCUUUGCCUCGUAUAUGACAACAGUAAUAGAGUACGUCAAGCCAUCAGAUCUAAAGAAAGACAUGAAUGAGACUUUCAAGGAAAAAUUUCCCAACAUCAAACUCACACUGAGCAAAAUCAGAAGUCUAAAGAGAGAAAUCCGCUCAGUGGGUGAGGAGUCCGGUCUGCAGCCGGUCACAAUAGCGAUGGCGUACGUAUAUUUCGAGAAGCUGGUGCUACAGGGACAUCUGAACAAGCAGAACAGAAAGCUGGUGACGGCCGCUUGUCUCCUGCUCGCUGCUAAGAUCAGCAGUGAUCUGAAGAAACAGGAGGUCAAACAACUGAUUGAUAAAUUAGAGGAGAGAUUUCGAAUAAGCCGUCGGGAGUUGAUCGUGGUCGAGUUCACCGUAUUGGUGGCUUUGGAAAUGGCUCUAUACUUACCGGAAAGUAAAGUCAUGCCUCACUACCGCAGGCUGGUUCAACAAACCUGACAUGUGAACAUGGCAUGAAAAAGUGGUGAUGCCCGUCGGUGGUGUCAGUGCAAGCACACAUUAAUACAACGCUCUGAUCCAAAUGAUGCUACUUUUAGCACUCAGGCCAGUGUUAUUUAUUUUCAUACCACCAUGGGAAUUGUGUUAAAGGAAAGAUCUAGAAGUUAAAAAGAGACUUUUCAUUUAAAACACUUAGAAGGGAAGUGUGUGAAGAGUGCAUGCAUGCUUGUUUUAAACAUUCCAUAUCUAUUUACCAAAAAAUAACAUUUAUUUAUAGAUGUCACCUUUUGUGUAUUUUAGAUGUAUCAUCCACUGUAACAUGAAAGCACUUUUUCUAAACAUAAUGCAAUAAUAAUAUAACCAUUAGCACAGAUGUCACGCGAAUAUGCACUUAUUUUUAUAACAUACUUCCAUAGCAUUACCGAGUGACUGAUCCUACAAUGCCGUACCGUAGUAUUCAAACCUAAUCUCUUUAUGUCUCUGACAGCCUUAUUGUGGGACUCUGCUGCACUUUAUUGAAAAGAGUGCUCUAUAUUAGAGCUAAUAUGUGAAAAGGCACAUUGGCUGUGCUGCUAUGUCUGGAUCUAGAAUGAAUUUAUAUUUAUAUGUCUAAACUUUGUCAAAAACUAUAGACGUGACAUCACAGUGUACUGUUUUAUGAGAUGGAUAUAAACACAUUGUUAGCAAUAGAAUGAGACUCUAGAUGUUAAACAGGGUUUUACCCCCACAAUCUAUGCAAUAUUUAAAGCGUUACUCUAGACAAAUAUUAAAAUUACCCCAUGAUGUAUUCACCCUCAACCAAUUCGAAAUACACAUGUCCAUCAUCUUUCAGACGAACACAAAUGUACUCUGAAAGAUGAUGGACGUGUAUUUCGGAUUGCUUGAGGGUGAGUAAAUCAUGGGGUAAUUUUGGUUUUUGGCUGGAGUGUCGCUUUAACAUUAUAUAUUUUUCCAUUUAAUUGCAAAACAUAUCACACCUACCCAGCAGAAAGGCUCUGUUGUUGUGUGAAAGGUCAUGUGUGUGGUUUUGUACUUUAUAGAAUGAUUUAUUUUAUAUAUGUUUAAUGCAUUUUAGUCCUUGUUUCUAUUAUGUACUGUCAAUGUUGGCCACAGUUUCCGUUAUAUUUUUAUGAUUGUAGAAUAAUUUUUCCUUUAAUGUCCUUAUCCUGAUACUGUGACCUUGAGAGGUCCAAACUGAGACAUUUGCACGUUUUUGAUCCUUUGCAGUGAGACGCAGUGUUUAUUUUGUUCAUGAUGCUGGGUUGCUGCUGCCAUCUGCAGGAAACAUUUUGCAAUCACAGUGUGUCAAUAAAAAAAAUUAUAAGGAAGGUAAAGGCAUACUAGAUAUUUGGAAAUAACACAUAGAGGAGACUGUUUUCAAGUUUUUUAUUUAUUUAUUUUUUGUAAUUGUUAUGCUUGUGUUUAAGAAUCCCUUAGCUAAAUAAAAUAGCAUUCAGUUAAAGUGCCUGUGAGUUUUUUGUUGAAAGUAAUGGGAUUGUAUUUAGAGAUUUACACUGUGAUUUUAUUAUAAUCUGUAAUACUUCCUGCACAUUUGUCCUGUUAGAAUUGUCUAUUGUAAAAAUGUGCAAAUAUAAACCAGCUGUUUAAACUGAGAAAUAUGCUAAUAAAUCCUCUUACUUGUAGCCAGUUAAUAAGUUAUUGAGUGUUUUAUUAACAGUGUGUUUACUUUGUUUCAUUAGUGGUUUUGCAUACACUUUAAAAAUAAACGCUGCUAAAUAGCACUAAAAGUAGUUCACUGGCUUGUAGGGGUUUGACGAGAUCUCGCGAGAUUAAAUAUGUAUCACAAAUUGAAUUAGGU